GUCUAAACUGCUCCCUGCAGAUCCUACUACGAACAGCCCUGGUCACUCUCCGUGGUGCAUUGAGAAUGGCUUUCUGAGACAGGCAUUUGAAAUGCUUCAAUCACUCUAAAUCCUGGGCUCAUCCAUAAAAUCAGUGAAACAUACAGCGCAUGCAGGAGAGACUGUUCUGCAUCAGAGUUGGACACCUUCUCCCCUUCUCCAUGCCAGAUUCCAACACAACCCACUUCACCAACCCCUCCACCUUCAUCCUGCAGGGCAUCCCUGGAUUGGAGGCAGCCCAUGUCUGGAUCUCCAUCCCCUUCUGUGCCAUGUACAUCUUAUCCAUCUUGGGGAACGUCACCACCCUGUUCAUAGUGAAGAGGGAGCCGAGCCUCCAUGAGCCCAUGUACUAUUUCCUCUGCAUGCUGGCCAUCACCGACCUAGUCCUGUGUACAUCCACCAUUCCCAAAUUGCUCAGCAUCUUCUGGUUCAACUCUAGGGAGAUCGGUUUCAGUGCCUGCCUCACCCAGCUGUACUUUGUUCAUACUUUCUCAGUGAUUGAGUCUGGGAUCUAUGUGGCCAUGGCGUUUGAUCGCUACGUGGCCAUUUGUGAUCCCCUGCGACAUUCCACCAUCCUGACAAACAAUGUUGUGGCCAAGAUCGGCCUGGCCGUGGUGCUGCGAGGUGCCGUACUUGCACUGCCCUAUCCCUUCCUGGUCAGGCAGUGGCCGUAUUGCAGAACCAACAUCAUCCCCCACACACACUGUGAGCACAUGGCCGUGGUGAAACUGGCCUGUGCUGACAUCCGUGUCAGUACUUACUACGGCCUCUUUGCACUAAUCUCUAGGAUCACUUUUGAUGUGCUUUUUAUUGCCCUGUCCUACACCCAGAUCCUCAGGGCCAUCUUCCACCUCCCCACGAAGGAUGCCCGGCUCAAGACUUUUGGGACUUGCAGCUCCCACCUCUGUGUCAUCUUGACCUUUUACAUCCCAACUCUCUUCUAUUCCUUCACAUCCCGGUUUGGGCACAAUUUGCCCCUUCAUUUCCAUGUUCUCAUUGCCAAUGUUUACCUUCUGGUGCCCCCCAUGGUAAACCCCAUCAUUUAUGGGGUGAGGACCAAACAGAUCCGGGAAAGUCUGAUCCGGCUGUUUCCACAUAAAGGGACUAAAGUUCUUUCCUAG